AUGGAUGAGAAGCGAUUCAAAAGAAGCGUAACGAAGUAUUUCGGAGAAGCAACAGCGAAAGUAACCAAAGAAACAACCGAAGAUGAAAUCAAACGUAUUUAUGCUGCACGGUCAGCAACAUAUGACGAGGAAUGUACAGCGGUUCGCGCUUCAUAUUCGAAGCCACUGGCCGAAUCUUUGCAUAACGCCCUUAAAGGAGUUUACCAAGACAAGGCAAAGGAUCAGAUCAAAAUCAAUGACGCUGGAGCCGGAACAGGGCUGAUUGGAGUUGAGCUCAAGAAACUCGGAUACACCAACCUAUGUGCUUUGGACAUCACAGCUGAGAUGUUAAAGGAAGCAAAAAAGAAAGAAGUCUAUACUGAGUUCAUCUGCACGUCUUUGAACGGGCAGCCGAUAGCUCACAUUAAAUCAGGGCAAUUCGAUGCUUUCAUUUGUGGUGGGGCGCUCCUUACAGGACGUAUCGGCUCAUCUGCUUUCGUGGAGAUGAUAAGAAUGGUUCAAACUGGUGGGUCUUUCGUGGGAGUUUACCGAGGCACAAAUAUAAUUGACCCACGGAUGUCCGCGGGGAGUCUGUUCUGUGGCUAA